CCAGUCCUCUUGCUCUCUUCACCUCAUCCUUCAUCAACACUCCUCAUCACCUCAACAAUGUCGGCCAUGGAAGAAGACACACAGACCGCAAAGGACUACUACUUCGAUUCGUAUGCCCACUUCGGCAUUCAUGAGGAAAUGUUGAAAGAUGAGGUCCGUACCUUGACCUACCGUGCCUCCAUUUACCAGAACCGCCACCUUUUCAAGGAUAAGAUUGUUCUCGAUGUUGGAUGUGGAACCGGUAUUCUUUCCAUGUUUGCCGCCAAGGCCGGUGCCAAGAUGGUCAUUGGUGUUGAUAUGUCCAAUAUCAUUAAUAAUGCUCGUGAGAUCGUCAAAGACAACAAGCUGGAUCACAUCGUCACCUUGAUCCAAGGCAAGAUGGAAGAAGUCGUCCUUCCCGUUCAACAUGUCGAUAUUAUCAUUUCUGAGUGGAUGGGCUACUUUUUGCUCUACGAGUCCAUGUUGGAUACUGUCCUUGUCGCCCGUGACAAGUACCUCGCCCCCGGUGGUCUCAUCUUUCCCGACAAGGCUACCAUGUACAUUGCUGCCAUUGAGGACGGUGAUUACAAGGAUGAGAAGAUCGGAUACUGGGAUAAUGUCUAUGGAUUCGACUACUCAUCUAUCAAGAAGGUUGCCCUCAAGGAGCCCCUGGUCGAUACCGUUGACGCCAAGGCCAUUGUCACGACCGAAUGUGCUUUCAAGAACAUUGAUAUCUUGACCGUCAAGAAGGAAGAUCUGGCCUUUAAGGUUCCUUUCUCCAUCACCGCCAAACGUGAUGACUAUAUCCACGCCUUCAUCUCGUGGUUCGAUAUCUGGUUUGAUGCCUGCCACAAGCCAGUCCAUUUCAGCACCGGUCCAUUUGCCAAUUACACCCACUGGAAGCAGACCGUCUUUUACACUAAAGACGCCAUGACCAUUAAGGAGGGUGAGACCAUCACUGGAGAACUCACUUGCGCGCCUAACGGCCGCAACCCCAGAGAUCUUGACAUUGUAAUCGACUACGAAUUUAGUGGCAAGCAGAUGUCACUCAAGGAGAAGAACGAGUACCGAAUGUGCUAAGACGGAUCCGGCCAGGGCUGAUGCUACCUAUUAUUCUUCGCGUUCACUUUCUCUUCCCUCUUUUCAUUUUGUUAAUCUCGCUUCUUACUGGACUCUUUAAAGCCAUGAUAUCCAUCCCCUCUCUUUCUACCAUCCUUCCGAGGACUGGUGGACUGGAGGACGGCGAAGAAAUAGUGAGGAAGAGAAGCAUCGAUUGUACCAUACAUAAA